AUGGAACAACCAGAUAUUCCCCGCAUGAAGAGAGGGGGUGGCAGGGGACACUCUACUACAACUGGUACUGGAGUCAAUCUAGUCCUUCUCUCAGAGCAUCAUGGUCACCGCAAUUCGACGUCUCCCAGCAUACCAGCGGACUCGAAAGGUACGCCAAUGACAAUGACCGGCACAUCAUCAACUCCAUACCUAGACGCCCUCCGACGCGAUGGCUUUGUGAAAAUACCAAACCUACUGUCUCCUCAACUACUUCUUGGCCUAAAAGGAGCGUCUAAAUAUACCACAGACCGUGCAAGGCGAGGACAGUGGCCAUAUGUCCGUACAGUUCCCAAACAAUACCCGCCAUGGCACGAAUGGCAGGCCGGCGACAACAUCUGGGGAGUCCAACACCUUUUGCAUCCCGACAUGGGAACCAGGGACACUUUUGCCGAGUUAUAUUUCUCAGACGAAGUCCUCUCAGUGGUCAAGGAGCUAGUUGGUCUGAAGGAUGAUCAUCAAGGCGAUGAGAAAUUGGUGAUGGAGCUUUUCAAUCUGCUCGUCAGUCCUGCCGAGAACCAAGACUUUGAAUUGUGUUGGCAUCGAGACGAUAUUCGCCCAGAUGUAACCCCUGAGGAGGAAGAGAAACAACUGAAGGAAAAGAGCCCCGGUGGCCAGCAGCUGCAUGCCCAGUACAAUAUUGCACUAUUCGACGAUGCCUCACUUAUAGUGGUGCCUGAAAGCCAUCGACGUGUGCGCACCGAAACGGAGCGGAACGCAGCCCCUUACGAGGCAAACUUACCGGAUCAGCUCUUGGUUAGAUUGGCGCCUGGCGAUGCUGUCUUCUACGAUAGCAACAUCCUGCAUCGCGGGGUCUAUAAGGGGAUCGAUGCCUCUCAGGAACUAGGUAGAAUGACAUUGCAUGGAUCGAUCGGACUGGCGGGCUAUGGACCCGAGCGUGCGAGACAGGUACUGCAGCAUGGCGUUGGUGAUUGGGUCGAAAGGGCACAAUUUUCCAUGGAAGGACCAAAGGGUAAUCGAGCUGAGGCAAUGCGGAAAAGACUUGUGGCAAUGGGCACAGGGAAAGAUCUGGGCUACUCCCUCGUUGGUUGA